CGCCAUCAGCGGGGGGGGCGGAGUCGCGCACGAUCCGCCGCUGCUGCAGCUCACCGUUCACGUACGAGAGCGCGCGGCUCCGGGGAUGCAGCCACGGUUCUAACCUCGAGUCCUAACGCGUUGAAACCGGAGCGAGACGCAGCGAGUCGAGGCCGACCACACGAUUGUUGAGUACGUGAGUCGCCAUGGCUGAGCAGCAGAGGCAGCGCACCCUCUCCACCUCUGGAGAGUCCCUCUACCAUGUGCUGGGCGUUGACAAGCUGGCCACUAGUGAUGACAUUAAGAAGUCCUACAGGAAACUUGCACUGAAAUAUCACCCUGACAAGAAUCCGGACAAUCCUGAGGCAGCAGACAAGUUUAAAGAAAUCAACAACGCCCAUGCCAUCCUGAAUGAUCCCACCAAACGCAACAUUUAUGACAAGUAUGGCUCUCUGGGGCUUUAUGUAGCUGAGCAGUUUGGCGAGGAGAACGUCAACACUUACUUUGUCUUGUCCAGCUGGUGGGCUAAGGCACUAUUUGUGUUCUGUGGGCUCGCUACGGGCUGCUAUUUCUGCUGCUGUCUGUGCUGCUGCUGUAACUGCUGCUGUGGGAAGUGUAAACCACGGCCACCUGAAGGACAGGAGCCGGAGUUCUACGUUUCUCCUGAAGACUUGGAGGCCCAACUGCAGGCUGAUGAGAGAGAGGCGGGUGGAGGUGAACCCAUUGUCCUGCAGCCCUCAGCCACAGAGACCACUCAACUAACAUCUGAUGGCCACCAUACCACCUACCGGACCGACACUGGCUUCAACUAACGCCAUUCCCCCUCCCCUGCCUCCACCACGUGGCCCUCCAUCUGCCACUCUGCUCCCUCCCCCAGUCUGAGGAACAACCAGAGGAGCGACUCCAUCAAAAAAGAAAAAAAAGGAAAAGCCACCAUUGGCAAGGAGUAAAGCCAGUGAUAGUGGAAAACAAGCUGAACUCUUUUACAUUCUCCAUUCUCCCCAUUUUCUCACAUCCAUUACCACCGUCAUUCUUACAGAGUGGCUUUAAUUCGCCUCGGUGUAGCUUCUGAAAAAAAAAAUAGUUAAAAAAAAAAAGACAUUCGUUCUCCUGUUUGUUGUACUCCUCUUUUUGGCCUUUGACUUCCAAACUUGCCUUCCCAUCACCCUUUCCUCCUGCCAGAUUUGCUCGCUGUUCUGUAGCAUGCACUGUUUCCACAUCAUCAAUAGGUGAGAUUUAACAUCGUUUUUAAACUGUAGGUAUGUUUAUGCACACUUUAUGUUCCCGUUCAUAAGUCAGUGAUGAAAGUACUUGUGGGGGUAAUUUACAGUUGCUUGUAUGGCAUAUGUGUAUGUAGGAAAGGCCAGGAGGAGGAAGCUGCUGAUGGUGAUUGUCUGUAGUUGUUUCUUUUUUCGAUGCUUCGUGCUUUAAUUUGUCCCAUUAUAUUUCUGGGAAGAGAGAAAGCAUGACGGUAUGCAAGUUAAAAUCAAAGCCCUCCCUGGCUCCAUGUUCAGUGUCCACCUUACCUUUAACUGUUCCUACGCUGCCAUACUCUCCGUGAACAUGAAAGCAAAGUUCAAGUCUUUUCGCUCAUGAAUUAGUACGAGAAAAAAUGUGCACACUAUGCCACCAACGUUUAAGAAGAUAUAUUUUCGUAAUAUUUAUUUAUGCCAUCUGGAUGUUGAAGUAACCAUACCGCGUUGAGGUGUUGACCAGCUCUAAAGGCAGAGCCAAAAUUAGUACACAUCAGACGUGUGACAUCAUAAGGUCGUGCCGUGUGUGGGUGUUGGUAUGUGUACUAGCCGGUCUUUGCCUUAGCCUGAUAAGGCUAUGUGGUCCUAGUCUUUAGAGCAUGUUCUGAGUCCUAGCAUUAUUUAGCUUUGCUCAGCUUGGUAAUGUCCCUCUUCUCACAUUCACAAGCAAACCGUGUUCUGCUCUAUCAUAUCUCAUAUACCCAAAUGUAUAUGUAAGAAGGAAAGAAGAAUCUGAUGUUUUUAUAUAGAUAUACAAUAUACACACAUUGUGUGUAUGUACAGUAUAUGUAUAUUUUGUGCAUUUUUACUUUAUAAUCGUUGACUCAUAUUUAUUAUAAUGUGUUAUUGAUCCUUGUGUUGUGUGACUGGUCAACUAGAGUGCCCCCUUUGUGGUCACUUGAGAACCUUGCGCCAAGACAUAAUGUUAGUCGUGAGUGAAUUUGCCUCUAGUAGUUGGACGUUGUGUACACCAGGGCAAACAAUGCCUUUUGUUGCUGUUUACUCCUUGGUUUUUAAAUAGGACUAGGAUUUAUUACAUUAGUCAGCACAGUUAAGACAGAAAAGGAAGUAAUGCAGCUUCAAAGCCGGAUUUCAGUCUCUGUGACAACAGAAGAGGGAGUACUGUCAGUAAUGAAUUUCAGAUUGCAUCAAGCAUCCAUAUGUUGGCUAUUAGUCUCUUCGCAGGGUUUUUUUGUCUUGAUUACUGCUGUUUUACAUCAUUAUGGCAUGUCACAGGUUAUUUUUCUUGGAUGCUGUUGGAAAUUUCAGAACUGUUCUGUCGUAAGGAGUCCUAGUUGGGUUGAAGCGAGGUGUCUGUUAGCCAGACAUCAGGUAGUAAAUGAAAUGACAAGUGUUUUCAGUGAGCAGCUACAUGUUUAACGGGAUGUGCUCUGAGCCAAGGUGUGACAUUUCUCAUCACUACCAUAACCAGUUCGCCUAACGCUUUUUAUUUUUGGUGUCAUUUUCUUUAACGUGUACAUUUCGCAGUAGAAUCAGUCCUGACAGUUCGUAGUGUUCCGUUUACGUUCCGUGUCCUGGGUGAAACUGGUAGUUAGGGAUUUCAUGGUUGCUGUAUUGUUAACUAAAUACAGCACACCGAGGUGGCCAUAUACAUGCACGUGUCCAAAAAGUGCUUUAACUUCCUGCAGAUUUUCCUUGACCACACCUGCCGGUUAUGUGUUCGUAACUACAAAAACUAAGCUGCUCAUCAUUUCUACAUCAUUCUCGUAGAUUUUUACAUGAAGAUUUUCCAGUUACGCUUGCCAAUUUUGCAGCCCACUUUCAGGCUAUGUUAUGUCUUGUGACUUUGACUGAUCUUGCACUCGUUUUAUGCAGAUAACCAUAUAUUUAGCUGUGCUCGAACCUGAAACGUAGUAACCACAUCACCAGCCAUGGUCGGUCUUCUUUCUUUGGAAUUUACAGAUUAAAUGCCAAUCAUCUUUCACUGACCUGUGUACGCUGAGCUUGUGAGCACAGUUCGGUCACUCAGACACUCUUCUCUGUACCUCUCUCUCUUGCUCGCUGUGUGUUUUUCCCCUCUUGUUCUUCUGCUCUUGAUGGCUUUUUGAUGGAUGUUUGCCUCUGUGGUCCUCUCCUGUGCAUUUCCUCUUUUUCCCUUCCACACUUACACUGAUACGCCUACUAUGGCUUCUGCAUUGAAAUGUUGGAAAAUGCAACGUUUUUUAGUUGAAUGCAAUGGAGCAACAAGACCAGGAAAAAGUUCCUUGUAGUCUUCAGAAAGAAGAAAAAAUGUGUGUAAUUACAGUAAAAUGGUAAAUUGCAUUUCCUUCCUGUUUUAUUUAUUACCUUAUUUUGUCAUGUUUUUAAAGAUUUGUCCUUGUUUCAGAUGGUAUGUAAUUUGGAUGUGGCUAUGAAACUAUGCUACUCAUAGUUAAAUGGUUAAGGUCUCAUGUACAUACACUGAAUAAUGAAGUAUAAUAAUAGACCUUUAUGUUGUAGCAUGGUUAUUGUCUGUCUGAAAGAAAAAAAAAAAACAUUUAUCUGAUUUGCUGGUGUAAAAUAAAUGUGUAUGAACAUUUCA